AGAUGGUUGAUUACAAUAAAACAUUAAAUACAAAUUUAAAUGAUAUUACAAAAACAUUAGAAGAUAUGGAGAGUUUAGAUAUGGAAUUAUUUAAUGAUUCAUUUAAAAAAUUAAAAUCUACAAAUGCUCUUAAAGAUUCUAAUAUACAAUCUGAUGGAGAAAUAAAAAAAAAAGUUAUAUUUAAAGAUCCUAAUGAAGAUGAUUUAUUAACUGGAUUAUUAUCUGAUGAAGAAAUUUCUGCAAAAGAAAGUAAGAGUUUAUUUGCAUCUAGUAGUAAAAGCAGUUUGAUAGAAGAUAUUUUCAAAAUCAAAAAUCCAAUUACAUCUACAACGAGUAUUAAAUCAAAUAAUGGAUUAGAAUUGCAUUUAGAGCAAGAAGAAACUAAUCAAUUAUUUUCACAGAAAUUAAAUGGUUAUUCACCUUCUAAAAGUAAUUUUAUUAUAUCACAAAAUGAAUUUAAAGAAAAAAAUAUACAGAAAUUGAAAACUAUAUCUAAAAAUGAAGAUAUUUUAAUGAAUUUAAAUGAUAAAUGUGAUAUAAUAGAUAAAACAAAGAGAUUAUCUUUAAGAGAGCAUUCAUUUGAAAAUCAAUCUCAUUCACCAAAUGUUGUGGAUUCUAUUAUUCCUAAAAAUAAUAAAAAAACAGAAUUAGAACAAUCUACAAAUAUACAAGAAUCAAAAUUAGAUGCUACUGAUUUAUCAACUAAAUUCUUUGCAAAAGAAUCUCGUAGAGGUAGAAGAAAUACAAAAAUUAUAAAUGAUCCUCUUGGUUUGUUAUCUGUUGAUUUAUUAUCAAAUCAAAAUCUUGAAUUGAUGACAAAUGAAAAUGUUUCAACUAAAAAUUCUGUUAUACAAAAUAUGAAAACAGAAAAGGAUUUACCAGAAUGGUUGGGUGGUCCAAAAAAAUUAACAACAAAUGAAAAAAUAACUAAAAUUGAUAAAACAGUUACUUCUAAACAAAAUAUUGAAAUUCAAAAUACAAACAGUACAGUAGGUUCAAAAAAAUCUGGUACAAAUGAUUUAGAAGAUACAUCUAUUUUCCCAUUCUUGUUUGGCACACAAUUACAUCAAGAAAAUGCAUUUGUAAAUAUGCAACAACAAGAACAUGAAUUAAGAACAGCAGCAAUAUUUUCUCUACAAAAUGAACAAUUAAAUAAAAUAACAAAUGCACAACAUUCUGCAUUACAUAAUCAAGAGAAACAAUUUAAUGCACUUCUAAAAUUACAGUUUGAAAGACAAACUUUAUUGGAAAAACAAAUAAAAAUUCAACAAGAACGAAUUAAUCAAUAUAUUAAUGUUUUAAUGACACAGUCUGUAUCAAUACCAAAUACUACAAUUUAUAAAUUGGAUUUAGAUGAAGAAGAAAAGAAAUUUAUAAAUGAAAUUAAAGAAAUGAAAGAUAGGAUAAAAAAAUUAGAAGAAGAAAAAUCAAAAUUGGAAAAUAAAUUAUCCUAUAUAAAUGAAAAAUAUGAUAGCGAAUUAUCAUUUCAAGCAGAAUUUUAUGAAAGACAAAUUUCAUUUUUAAGAGAAGUAAUAACAAAAUCAGAAGGAAGAAUUAAAAAAGAAAUAGAAUAUUUAGAAACAGAUUACAUAACAAAAUUCGAAAAAUUAAAAAAUGAAAAAUUACAAAUAGAAAACGAAUAUAAAGAAAAAAUUCACAAUUUAAAGAAUGAACAUGCUCAAAAUAUAGAAGAUCUUUGUAAAUUACAUUCUGAAAACAUAAAACUUUUACAAAAACAAUAUAAUAAUGUAAUAGAAAACAUAUCUAAAGCUAAGCAAAUAGAAGAUCAAAUGAUACAAAUUAUGACAACUCGAACAACUGAUAUAGAAAAUAUAUUACAAAAGGCUAAUGUUAUUAUUGAAGAUAUAAUAGAAAAUAAAAAAAAAUUGGAAAUUAAACAUAAAGAAAUAAUGGAAUCUCAUGAAAAUACUUUGAAAUUACAGGAAGAUGAUAUAAAAGCUCAGAGGCUUGAAUUAAAGCAUCAAAAUAAUGUCCUAGAAGAACAUCGUAAUAAAUUUAUAGAAACAACGGAGAAACUUGACAUUCGUCUUACAAGUCUUAUAACUGAACUUCAAAAACAAAGUACAUUAUGCAAUCAGGCAGAAGAAACACUUGAGAAAAAAGCAACAAAUCUUUUAAAAGAAAGAGAAUUAUUUGAAGAAAAAAUGAAAUGGGAACGUGAUUAUAUGGAGACAUUGAAGGAAUCUUGGAUGAAAGAACAAGAGAGACAAUUAAAAUUACUUGCAGAAGAAAAAGAAAUAAUAACAAUUGAAAAAGCAGAAUUACAAAUUUCAAAUAAAUUACAAAACAAUAAUGAAAUUGAUAAAAUAGAGUUGGAGACUGCUGUUAAAACUGCACAAGAAGCAACUAUAUCUGCUAAUCGAAAUAAAUUAAAAUGGCAAGAAAAAAUUAAUGAACUCGAUAUUCAUAAGCAAAUUUUACAAGAUAAGGAGAAUUUACUUAUUUUACGUGCCAAAGAACUUGAAUAUCUUACACAAUCUGCAUUAAUUAAAAAAAAAGAAGGAAUGAAAGCUUUAAAAAAUGCAAAACACUUAGAAAAUCAAAAUAAACAAAAAUUUAAUCAGUUACAAUUACAAAUUCAAGCAUUAAUGGAAAAAGAAAAAAAAAUUGCAACUGAAAAAUACAAUGUUACAAAGGAUAGAAUUAAAAAAGUUUCUUCAGUUUAUGAAACUGAAAAACCAGAAAGAGAUCUAAAUGUUUCACGUAAUUUUCAAAAUGAUAUACCAUUUUCUGAAAUACAAUCAAAAUCUGAAAUCACUACAGAAUUAAUGAAUAUUGUAGAUCCAAACUUAAUUAUGUUAAAAUUAAAUCUCAAUGAUGAGUUUAAUACUAUUGAUAAAUAUAUAAACUUCUAAAUAGACAUUUAAAAGAUAUUUUGAAAAUAAUUCACAAAAGAUUUUAAUGUUUGCUGAAAAUAUUUCUUAAAUCUAGCAUUAAUAUUUAAAAAUAAAAUUAAAUAAAAAGGAUUACCUUAUCAAUAAAUAAUAAUAAAAUGUAAUUUUCUUAUUCAAAAUAUAAUAAUGUUUGUUUAGAUUUUAAUAUCUUCAUCUAUAAAUAAAUAAUGCUAUUGCAAUUAAAUUAUUCUUAAAUUUAAAAUUCUUUUUCAUAAUGUACUUUAUAUAAUUUAAUAAUAAUUUAAAUAUUUGUAACAAAAUAAUUAUUAAAUAACACUUUAUAUAUUGAACAAACUUACCAUCAUUAACCAAACAAUAUUCUUGCAAUAUUUCUGUAUUUUUUUGUAAUGUUUUUAUAUCUGAAAUUAAGGACUUUACUUUACAAAGUUCACUUCCUAUGCUUUUUGUACAAAAUGUCUGAAAAAAUACAUAUAUAUAAAAUAAAAUAAAUUUAAAUAAUAG